AUGGACUCGCCUUCUAUCUUCCGUGGAUCACAGAGUGGACCGAUCUUUAGCUAUACUAAGACCACAAGCCAUUGUUGUAGGGAGGAGUGGAUUUCAGGAAUGGUCAUUGCAUUGUCUACAUACUUGGUGAAAGAGAUAUUUCCUAAGCAGAUUGAACUUCUUCAGGAAAGUAGUAGCUCAAGUGAUGCAGGUAGCACGGCAUAUCAGGCUAGAGUCUCGUGGCUCAGCCUUGUUGACCUAAUGAUAUCUUUUGACAAGCGGAUUCAAGGUUUAAUCUCAGGCACUGGACUGCUACUUACGGUAAAGGAUGAUGACAGUUGGCAGAGGAUCUCAGUCCUCUGUGUCUUCUGUGAUUGCCCAGAUUGGCUUCAAGUGUGGGCAGAGAUUGAGAGACAGGAGAGUCUUAAUAAGCUGCAAUCAGCAAUGGAUUUAGAGAAAAAUUGGAGUGCAAGAAUUCAAGGAACAAUGCUUGAGUAUGACUCAGAUGAUUGCAAGUCUCCACUAAUCACCAGUGCCGUUCAUCAGACCUUGUCUUUGCUAAUUGAUCGUGCUCGUCCUGCUGUAUCCAGAACCUUCAUAGAAUCUUUAGACUACAUGCAAGGGCAACUAUCUAAGCUUCAAGGUGGCUUAAAUACCGUUGAUUUUGUGACGGUAUGGAGAAGUGUGGCAAGCGGGGUAGACCAGCUGCUUUUCGGCGGCAUUUUCACAAGCGGCAUAAAGAUUAGCAGCGAUGGAGUAGAAAGGCUACAGGGCGACCUAAGCGUUUUGUUUGCUAUUUUUUCAGCGUGGUGUCUGAGACCUGAAGGCUUCUUCCCUCGACUGUCUGAGGGAUUGAGGUUACUGAAGAUUGAUGAGCAACAACUCAAAGAUGGGGGCGUUUACAGAUAA